AUGGAGCUCCCAGGCAGCGGCGGCGUGGGCGGGUCGCCGCUGGCCGGGAAUCCAGGUGGGCUGUCGUCCAGCGCGGGCGCAGGCAUGGGCGGCGGCGCGUCCGGGAGCUGCGGCUGGCAGUGGGCGGUGGAGGAGGAGGCCUCAGGCGCGUCCCGGCGCUUGAGCAGGUACUGGUCCUUCUUGCUGUUGGACUUGGCCUUCAUGGCGGACGCACCUGGCACGAUCUUCUCCAUGAGCCGCGCGGCGGCCUUCAUGGCAGAGGAUGAGUAUACAGCAAAGUCCCAGGCUGCUCAUCCAGAAGGGCUGGAGCAACAUGAGUUGGAUGGACAAAUUCUGUAUGAUCUAUCUGGUGCCUUGCACCAUGGUCGUUUAGCCAUUGCAAAUGGUGCUGUCAAAUUGGCUGAUGUGCGGGCUGCUGCCAAGAAAAAAAAUCCUGCAUCUUCAAAUGUAGCAUCUUAUCGACGCAUGGCCAAAGAUAAUCGGAAUUUACGUCAUGCAAAUAGGUGUUUACAUGAACGCCUUAACCAGAUAGGGGAACUUAAUAAUGACCUAAUACUGGAGGUUCCAGAAAAUCAUAAAAGGCGCCUUGCAGCUCUACAAGCAAAUCUGCCCACUAGUUCAUCCCAUGUUGGUGAGGACUUGGAUGGUGAGGACAUGGAUGGAGAGGACGAAGAGGACAUGGAUGGCAGCUACAUGGAAGGAGAGGACACGGAGGAGGACAUGAAUGAAGAGGACAUAUAUGAAGAGGACGAAGGGGACGAAGAGGACGAAGAAGACAGGGAUGAAGAGGACAUUGACGACAACAAUGGGGGCAGCAAUGCUGGAUCAUACAUCGAUGACUUCUGUGAUUUGGGAUAUAUAUGGUAA